CACGCAUGGCGGAGACGGAGGUGCCCCCCGAGGGCUCGGCGCGCCCUCCGCGGCGCUUCACCUGGGACGAGAUCAAGCCCCGCUCGGGCCGGGCGCCGGAGCGGUGGCUGGUGAUCGACCGGAAAGUCUACGACAUCAGCCAGUUCCACAAGAGGCACCCGGGGGGCUCCCGCGUCAUCAGCCACUAUGCCGGGCAGGACGCCACGGAUCCCUUCACUGCAUUCCACCUGGACAAGAAUCUAGUGAAAAAGUACAUGAAGCCACUGUUAAUUGGGGAACUUGCAGCAGAUCAGCCCAGCUUUGAACACAGCAAAAAUAAGCAGAUUAUCCAGGACUUCCGUGAGCUCCGUGCGACUGUUGAGCAGAUGGGCCUCCUGAAUCCCAACCAUCUCUUUUUCUUCUUGUAUCUCCUUCACAUCUUGCUUCUGGAUGUGGCAGCUUGGCUCAACCUGUGGUACUUUGGGUCCUCCUUGCUGCCUUUCCUCUUCUCCGGAUUGCUGCUUGGCACUGUCCAGGCUCAGGCUGGCUGGCUGCAGCAUGAUCUGGGGCACCUUUCGGUCUUUGGCAAGUCUAAGUGGAACCACUGGGUACACAAGUUUGUCAUCGGACAUCUGAAGGGGGCACCGGCCAGCUGGUGGAAUCACUGGCAUUUCCAGCACCAUGCUAAACCGAACUGCUUCCGCAAGGACCCUGAUCUCAAUAUGCAUCCUUUGUUUUUUGCCUUGGGAAAGAAACUCUCUGUGGAGCUUGGAAAGCAGAAAAAGAAGUUCAUGCCUUACAACCACCAGCACAAAUAUUUUUUCAUCCUUGGACCUCCAGCUCUGGUGCCUUUCUAUUUACAGUGGUACAUCUUCUACUUUUGCAUCCAGCGCAGACAAUGGGUGGAUCUGGCCUGGAUGGUGACCUUCUAUAUCCGGUUCUUUGUGACUUACUCAUUCUUACUGGAGCUAAAGAGCCUCCUUGGGCUUUUCUUCCUGCUCAGAAUUAUAGAGAGUCACUGGUUUGUCUGGGUGACGCAGAUGAAUCACAUCCCAAUGAACAUAGAUUAUGAUAAGAAUUUGGACUGGCUUUCAACCCAGCUCCAGGCAACAUGUAAUGUAGACCAGUCCUUCUUCAACGACUGGUUCAGUGGGCACCUCAACUUCCAAAUUGAGCACCACCUUUUCCCUACCAUGCCGCGCCACAACUACUGGAAGGUGACUCCUCUGGUGAAGUCCAUAUGUGCAAAGCAUGGCGUCGAGUAUCAGUCGAAGCCUCUGCUCACAGCCUUUGCUGACAUUGUGUACUCUUUGAAGGAUUCGGGAGAGCUCUGGCUUGAUGCAUACCUGCAUCAAUAAGAAACAAGCAACAUCCCCCCCCCCCGGGGGGGAAGAUCUCCCACCUUUGCUGCCUCCAACACUGGGCAGAUGGGUGGCAAACUGGGUGUGCAGCCAAAUGCUGGUCGAGGUGUUUCGAGGCAUCUUUAUUUCUUCCCUGUUACUCAUCCAUUCCUCCUUUCUGCUCUUGAAUGGACUGAGAUGUUUAAUUUUUUUAAAAAAAUGCAAAUUCAGCAAGGUGAGAAUCAGGAACUGAUGCCAGCAAAUGUCUUUGCUGCCAUUUUGCUUUCUUUGUAUGUAGAUGGGAAAGUCUUUUAUGGAGGAGUCUCUAAAGCCUUCUGUUGCCUUGGAGUCCAGUUUGCCUUGCUCCAGCUUGCUCUUGAUAACAGUACCGAGGAUGUUGGUAAUUAGAUGGAGAAGCUUGGGAGAUGCAGGAGCUUUGCAUAGGAGCCGCUGGUAGGGAUAAUCAGAUUAAGGCAUUGCCAUGGGGAAAGGAGGCACAGGAGGAGCAAAGGAGACUACAGAAGCCACAUUGUGUUGUGAUCAGUGUGAAAUGAGAGCCAAAUUCUGACACCGGCAGAAGUUCGAAGGCAACAUUAGCUACAUGAUCCUGGCUGUGGAACAAAAUCUGAGAUGGACUUCCUGUGCUCAGGAGCCUGUGAUAUUCCUGGCUGUACGUUGCACAAAAAUGAGCCUUCAUUAUCAAAGUGCCUCUAUCACUUCAUGGGGUCACGCACUGAAAAGAGAAUGAACCUUGAGGAGGACUGAUAAUUGAUCACACAGUGAAAUGACUCCAAGUGGAUGCUCUAGGCCCUUGGCAUUGCUGCCAAGCUGCCUUCAGAGUUACGAGGAGGACCAAAUAAUUCACACACACUUGGAUCUGUGCUCAUUUUGUACUCCUUUUAUGGUUCAAUUAUUUAAGGGCUUUUUCAAUAUUGCACAACUGAAUUAUAGAUAUUCUGGCCUUCACAUAGGACCAAAUCCCUUUUGCUCAAAAUGCCCCUUCAUGGGUGAAUAAGGCACAAUUUCCAACAUUCCAAAACAGAAAAUUAACCCCAGUGAGACUCUUUAAGUCAUCCUUGCCUGCUCCAAGUCUUUUGGACCUCAGCCCGCAAGAUCAUUGGCCAGGCUGCCUGGCACUGCUGAUGAGAAUUAUAGUCCAAACAUCUGGCAGGCCCCAAACUGGAGAAGGUUCCUCUAUAUUAAGAAAUAGCACCUUGCCUUCCAGCUGUAUUUAUACAUUCGGUUUUAUGGUAAGGGGAGAGCAGGAAGUGUCUUUUCCUUCUAAUUGGUCACUUUUCAUGGUUAAAAAUCCACACAGAUGCCUUCCUACAUUGCCUGAGUUACAGAAGACUGCAACAUUGCAGUCCGAGUUACAUUCCUGAGACUGAGUUACAAUCCUGAGCUAUCUCAGUAAUUGACAGUGAAUGUUCCCUCAUGGUGACAUUUGUCUCCCUUGCCAAUUGAGAAUGUCAGCUGAGUGAUGGGCCAGCUGGAUUUUUUUGCUGUCCUUGGCCUCAUUUCUCCCCCUACUCCCCCACCCCCCAUACAGCAUGGAAGCAAGUAUACAGCAACCAAGAGCUUUGGCUAUAGGGAAGUGUAGAAAUUAAAAUAACAUUUAUCCCCAAAUUGGAUUGCCUUGCACAUCACCAAAUGGGUGGCCAUCUUUAUUUUUGCUUGCUUGCCUUGGUUGUUUGUUUGUUUGUUUUGGUAGCAGUGAUUUGGAGAAAGCAAGCAAGCAAGCUAAGUUGAGGGGCAGAAUGGAAAUGCAAUCCAAAUGGAAGCUGUGGAAAUAGGAGCACCGGACUCAGCAACUGCUUUACUGCAUUUCUGUAGGGACAGCUGCUUGCAGCAUGGAGUCUCAUUGCUUGAGACAGUAGAGGGCACCCUCUGAGAAGGUUUAAAGCAUUCCUCUUCCAACCCGCAGGGAGUAGCGGUGCAGCGUGGCACACAGCAUGAGCCAGUGUGUUACCCCUUUUUGGUGUAAUGCACCUUUGAGGAAUGCUUUGGCUGGGGAGGCAGAUGGCAGAGGGCAUCAGAGCGUUGUACUGCUUGGUAGCAUCGGUCCCGGCUGAUGUGACACAGCUUGCAAAUGUGAGUGAAUGCAGGAGAAGAAACGGGGCACAAUCCUAGCACAGUGCUUCUUAGAAAGGGAGCCGCAACCCCAAAGCAUAUCUCCCGCACCCUGCCCUUUCUUCUUCCUCUUGGUUUCAACCGCUUCUUUUAUGUCUGUCCAUCUUACCUAAUAUGGUAUAUGACAGAAGGCAGCUUCUUUCCUUCCUUCCUUCCACUCACUAAGCCUGUCUCAAAUGCAACUGUUCCAGUCUGCCAAGAGCCUGAUACAAGUUGCAAGUGACACCCAACUAGGUGAGAUAACAGAAAUGUCACCGUAGUAAAACUUGGCCGAAAACCUGCAUGUGUGCCCAUGUAUGCAUAAUCUGGACGGGGAUUAAGUGCAGCCCGUGCCCUGGAGCUGCUGUUUCCCGUGUGAGGGAAAGUAUACCACACACACACACACUGAACAAACGCCACACUGUUUCCAUAAGAAGGAAGCAAUGUGGUGUCAGCAUUUCCAACGGGGAAAGGACACUCGGGUUUUUAAAGGCCAGCACUGCAUUUUCCUCAGGGCAUCACCGCCACUCAGUCACAGGUUGUCACUUGUCCACACUGAAAGAGACGGGAAGUCCUCUCGUAGAUCUCGACAGUCUUGCCUAGUUUGGCAUUUGGAGGGAUCUGGCUUGGGAUAAAAUGCCCUUCUCAUCCAGGUGCUGAUUGUUUAAAAGGUAAUGCUAAGUCUGGAAAUAGAGGAGUCUCUCUCUCCCCUAUGCAUUAAUAGUGGACAUUUUUCUUGUGUGCAGUUUUCUUGGAUGAUGAUAGUCUAACCAAUUAAAUCUCAAUGUAAGUGUUGAAUAAAAGAGGAGUAGCUCGAGCAAACUA